AUGCGCUUGCGUAAGAGUGAUGCCAUAGACUACGGACGAACAUUUCUAGAAUUCUCUACAGGCCAAUACUCGCAGCAUUCUCUUUACGGUUCGGGAGCACAGCACCAACACUGCAAGCAAUGUUGGAUGAGGAAUUCCAAGCAAGUCCAAAUUCCAUGUCAAUGGGCAAUUGAUCACCCGGUUUCAGACGGGAGAAGGACAAUGGUAACAACGGUCCAACGUUCAGAGACUACGAAACCCCCCACAAAGGUGUACAACCCUUUUUCUUUCCGUCCGCCUCGUCUGACCAUGAGUGAAAUCUCCCUCGAAAUCCCCAUAAGGCGAACUCCGUCAAGAACAAGAUCCGAUGGCCCGUUUCCGUUGCCUUGUGCAAACCAAAUAAUGGGUUUCCAGAGCUCUGGAACGGGAUGA